AUGGCGAGCAUCUUCGUGCGUAACCUGCCGUUUGGCGUGACGCAGGAAGAGCUGGAGAAAGUGUUCAGCGACGUUGGACCCGUGAAGAAGAUCGACAUCAUCAAGGACAAGGGCAAGCGCCGAGACGAGAUACUGACGCGUGGCUUCGCCUUUGUCAAGUUUGCAGUUGAGAGCGAUGCAGCUGUGGCUAUUGAAACGCUGAACAAGGCGGACUUCCAGGGUCGCAAGAUGCUCAUUGACUAUGCGAUGGAAAAGGGCAAGCGUAAAGGACUGGUCAAGUCGGUAGCAGCUGAGAAGCCCAAGCAAGAGGAGGAGAGCGAAAAGGAGAGGCUACAGGCGGAGGAAGAUGGUCAUAUGCAGGAGACACAAGUGGAGACGGAUAUGGCUAAUAAAGACCGUGGAUCAGCGAAGGAGAAAGAACGUCGCAUAGCUAAGAGCGCCAAGAAGGUACAGGGUAACGUGAAUAAGGCGCCUGCUGCGGUGGAAUCGGUUGAGACGGCAAAUUCGGCCAAGAAGGACAAGGCACCUACUGCGGUGAAAUUAGUGGAGACGACAAAGCCGGUCAAGAUCAAGCAGAAUGUAGACGUUGAUGUUGAGCCUGUCUUGGAAGAUAGCACUGUGGCCAAACCGAGUACGUUGACGACGACGCACGCGCAGAGUGUGCGUAAUGCCCGCCGUCGAGAACAUCGUGAGCUUUUGCGAAACGUGGAGCGCCGUAGAGAGGAGCAGGCGAGCGUGGAGGACAAGUCUGUGCUUAUUUUCGGUCUGGGUGCCAAUGUGACUCAGAAGCAUGUGCACAAGAAGGUAAAGAAAAUCGGUGCAGUGGACAAAGUUGAGCUGAAAGAAGAAGCUCGUACUGGUAAAGUGUACGCCUUCGUACAGUUUAAAUCCACGAAGGACGCGGCACUGGCUGUGACUAAGCUGGAUCGCCACAUAUUCAAGGGUUCAACGCUGCAAGUGAAGAGUGCAGCAAAGGCCGUCAUAGCGGAUGGGAAAGAAAGAGCAGGAACACCGGGUCGCAUAAAGCGUGCUGCUGAGGCGGAAGGGUUGCGCCUUAUUGCGCGUAAUUUGGCUUUCCAGACCACAGAUGAAGAUUUAGAAAAACUGUUCGAGGUGUAUGGCCCGCUAUUCGAGGCCCGCGUUGUGCGUAUGCCAGUGGAAGUAGACAAACUGGAGAGCGAGGAGACGGGCAAGGAUGCUAAUAAGGCUGAACCUGUACUUGGUCGUAGCCGCGGCUUCGGCUUUGUUCAGUACCGCGAUGUAGCCGAUGCGCGUGUAGCUGUAGAGAAGCUGAAUGGAGUCAAGGUCAAGGGUCGUGAGAUGAUUGUGGACUUUGCAUUGUCCAAGACAAAGUACCUUGAGCAGCAGAAGAAGCAGGAAGAAGAGGCACUUGCUGCCUCAGCAUUGGAGGGAGAUGAGCAAGAAGUAGAGGUGAACAGUGGUGACGAAGACGACGGCCAGCUCGAAAUGGACGCUGACGAUGAGGUGGACGAUGGUUCGAACGAUUUGAACGACGACGACGACGAAGAAGAAGAAGAAGAGCACGAGGAACCCGUUUCGCUGACUCCAAAGGAAGACACGGAAGCACAGCGUGAACGUACGCUUUUUAUUCGUAAUCUGUCGUUCCAGACGACCGAGGACGGGUUACGCGACUUUUUCCAAACGUUUGGUGCAGUUGAGUAUGCUCGUAUCGUGUACGAGAAAGGCUCAGAACUGUCCAAAGGAGUUGCAUUCGUUCGCUUCAAAUCUGCCGACGUGGCUGCGGAAGUGUUGAAGCGCGGUGAACAACCGCAAGUUGACAGCAAACAGAAGCUCAAGAAGGACAGGAAAAAAGAAAACAUGUUCACGCUGUCUACUCUGGCAGACGGUGGAGCCGAUGUGCUGACGCUUGAUGGCCGUCAGCUCAUCCUGUCGCGGGCAGUGUCAAAGACUGAUGCAGAGCGAAUGGCUGAUGUCAAUGCUCUUGAGCGUCGCCGUCUCGACAAGCGGAAUCUGUACUUGGCGUACGAAGGCACGAUUAACGUGAACAAGAUGGCGGAUGCAGAGCUAGAGUUACCGAAGAUGGAUAUUGACAAGCGCCGGCGCGCCAUUCGUGAGAAGAAGCUGAAGCUGCAGAACCCGAUGUACUUUGUGUCCCCCCUGCGUCUUUCUGUGCGCAAUUUGUCCACUACGCUGGAUGAUCGCGCUCUGAAGAAGCUUUUCCAUGAUGCUGCAAGUGCCGGUAUGCGUGCUGGAAAUGUGCACCGUUCCGAAAUAAAGUCGGAGCUGUUGUCCAAGGAGGCGAACCCUUCAGUGAAGGUUCGUAUGGCUAAGGUGGUACGUGACAUGGAAUCAGUGAAGGCUGGCAAGGAUCCGCGGUCACGUGGGUACGGUUUUGUCGAGUUUUCGGAACACCUGCACGCACUAGCUGCUUUACGUAUCCUGAACAAUAACCCCAAGUACACGUCGUACGCGGCUGGCCGGGCUGCAGCUUCGGGUGCCUCUGACAGCUCGAUGUCACGCCUUAUUGUCGAAUUUGCACUGGAAAAUCAUAGUAAGUUGAAGCUGCGUGAGAAACGUGCUGCUGACGCUGCCAAGAAGCGCGAGGAGGAGCGUGCAUUGAAGGAAGCACAGGGUGAAGACGGUGAAGAUGCUGAAAAGAUAAAGAAAAGUCGCGGUCAGCGUCAGCGUGAGAGCAAGAAAUUGCGUGCUCAGGGUAAAGUCAUCGCGAAGGCCGAAGGUGACGGUAAGAAGACGAAGCCCAAGUGGGCAAGAGAAGAAGUCAAGAAGGUGAAGCAGCAGCAGCCAAAGAAGCGGAAACGUGCUGAGGCUCCGCGUGGUGAUGCUGCGGAUGACGCUCUGGCUUCACUGGAAUCAGCUCAUGUCAUGAAGAAAAGCCAUUCAUUGUCCCGCAGUCAGCGCAAGACCACGAAGGAAAACAAGAAGGAGAAGUCUUUUGAGCAAUUGGUACAGAGCUACAAGAAGGAGAUUUUUGGCGAAAAGCGGACGGCGGGAGGUGGUAAAUCCCUGGUGGAUGAAAGCAUCAAGAGUGCGGAUCGCUGGUUUCAAUAA